UUCAUCCAAACUUAUCAAGCUAGCUCUUCAUGAAACCCUAGCUACUUUCAAACUUCUAGCUCCCACCAAAAAGAAGAAGAAAAUUUGUGAUAUUUUUGUACUAGUGCUCUUUACAUUUUCAAGUUGCGGGUGGAUUAUAUUAUGGCACCAAACGGAGAAACGAUAGUCGGUUCUUACAUUACUACUACUACAAGCACUACUAGGAACAAGAACUUCUGCAAACCACCAAGGCUAUCAAUGAAUGGAUUGAAAAGAACAACUUCUGAUAUUUCAUUCGAAUUCAGCAAAGAAUCUGCGGCGGCAAUACUAGAUCAACAUCAAAAUGGUGUAAAACUUCCACCGAUUUCCGAAGUUGAAGAUGCAAAAUGCGAGUGUUGUGGAAUGUCAGAAGAGUGCACACCACAAUAUAUCCAACGAGUACGUGAUAAGUUUUCGGGUAAAUGGAUAUGUGGCUUAUGUUCUGAAGCAGUGAAAGAAGAGUUAGAGAAAAAUGGAGGAAAAAAAGAAGAAGCAUUAACAUCACAUAUGAAUGCUUGUGUGAAGUUUAAUAGCCUUGGCAGAGCUUAUCCAGCUUUAUAUCAAGCUGAAGCCGUGAGAGAGAUACUCAAAAAGAGUCCAAGAUUGGAUGGGAGAAUCAGCAGGGCCAAGUCCUACAGUCCUAGAGAAAGAGGAGAUGUUAAAGAUGGAAAAGUCAUUCAUAAAGGUGGGAUUAUGAGGACUGCUAGUUGUAUUCCUGCGAUUACAAAAGAAAUGAACGAAAAGAUCGAAAAAGAGGUACCCAACAAUUAUAUGAAGAAUUAGCUAGAGUUUGUAAUAAGUGUCCAAUACUCGAAUUGGCCAUGGUUGUUGUACCAGGAGGUCUGGAGUUCAAUUUCAACUUACAUCGGCAAGAAGCAUUUGAAGAAGAUUAAUUGUCUCUCAAUGUAUUUUAGUCAAAUAAAUGGGUAGUAGAACUAAACCUAGCUAUAACACUUCAUUAAUCCAUGGCCACCUAAUUAGUUAAUUAGCUAAUGAGAAAACCCAUCAACUUAUGUCUCCGGCUGGGUAAAGAUUCCUUGUCUGAUCUUUUUUACUAUUAUUACUUUAUUUUAUUUUAUUUUGCUAUACUACUGCUUCAUGUUGCAGUAGCAUAACUCUGUAAUGUUUUCUUUUCACUGGUUGAUUCAGUAAUUAUGCUAAUAUUAUCGUUCUUGUGAUUA